AUGCGUUUAAAACUGCUUAGAAAAGAGCGGCCUGCUUUUGAAAGUCAAGGUGUUGUCGUUAACGGGAACCGAAUCGAUCUUCCUGAAACCGAUCUGAAAUUGUCCAAACACCGUAUAAACAAAAAGCUUCCCGUAUUACCAUCUCUGAAUAACGACACAUCACUAAGUCAUGAUAGCAUUGCUCCUUCUAAUCUAUCGUCUCUGCAGGCCAUAGAAGCAACUUGUUUUGAUCACGGUAUUCGUAUAAAUUUACAUCCGGGAACCAAUGUAAAACAUCAAAACAAUCAAAUCGAAAGAACUCCUUAUCAACGAUCGAAAACACCGAAUAGAUUGAGUGCUCCUCACUUGAUCAAUCGACAAACACGAGUAUUAUCUCCAACAUCAACAACCGAUUUUGAACACACGGAAAUCUCGACUAUUUCUCAUAUGCAACCGAAUGAAAUCGAUCAUCACCAUGUCUAUUGUUCGUCAUCAAUCGUACCAACUGAGUACUUCGAUCCAUCAGAUGACAAGUUAACCCUAGCAAAGCUAAUUGGCAAUGAUCCUGAUCUUGCUUAUAUGAGUUCUUUAUUACUGAAAACGAAUGCAAUGUCAUUCCAUACGGAUGUGAGCCAUUAUCGAUUAGGCACUCGUUUUCCGUCGACAGUACACCGACAUUCUCAACAUUCGAAUUCGUUGACCAGUCGUGAUCCGAUUGCAUUCACCCCAUUACCAGCGUCGUCUUUGAAAACAAUCGAAAAAGACAUUCUCAAACAUGCAUCACGUAUUCGAACACGCCACCUACUCGAAUCGUCCGCUCAUCACCAGCCGCAGCAACUUAAAACUCCGAAAUUACGUACAAAGGCAGACUCUUCUUCGGUUACAAAUCCGUCAAUAAAAUUGAAUCAUUCGAAUAAGCGUCAAAGCUCUGUGAAAUCGUUCAAACCUGUCAGUUUAGAGCCUUUGGAACUUCUUCUAAAAUCAUCAAUUCGAUCGUCAUCAUCAACAUCACAUCCAACUUCAUUAUCGUCAAACGAUAUUCCAUCUUCAAAGAAAAAACGUCCCAAAUCACGUACGAUGCCAUUAAUCGUCAAUGACAACACAAAGCGUAAUGACAUAAACACCAGCUUCACAUCCGACGAACAUUUUAAAUCGUCGAUAUUAAGUGAUGAGAGUUUAUUGCUAUCGAAAGCUCUUCCGGCAGAUACAAAUCUGAAUGGCAAAACACCUAAGUCGAACUCAUUUGACUCAGGUUGUGAUGAUCAUAGUAGUAAUUGCAGUGGAGAUAGCCAAACUCGAACAUCUUUCAGCAUUAAUCACGGAUUGUUGAGUUCUAAUCCAUCGGUUCAAUUCAACAGUGUCAGCAGCACACGCCGUUCACAUACCAGCAAAAAGGUUUCCUUCGAGGAUCAAUCGUUGACUGUAAUUAUUACCAAGUCUAUCUACGUUUAG